CGCUGUCCGUGGUGCUGAAAUCACACGAGCGCAUGAGAUUUCACAUCCAGCCUGCGUGGAAAGGAUGAGGGGCUUUUUCUUGCCCACACCGCUGCUCAUAUUGAGCUGUUUUGGUGCAUCGUGGGUCCUAGCUGAAGGCCUGGCUGCUCCAGUGAAUGUGUCCAUCAGAGAUCUAAAGGCCAGCUCUGCUGUGGUGACAUGGGACACACCGGACAGGGAGUCCGUCAUCGGAUUUGCCAUCACACAGCAGAAAAAAGACGUUCGCAUGCUGCGUUUUAUCCAGGAAGUCAACACUACCACGAGGAGCUGUGCUUUGUGGGACCUGGAGGCAGAUACAGAUUAUAUUGUGCAUGUUCAAUCUAUCGGUAUAAGCGGAUCGAGCCCUCUCAGUGAACCGCUUUAUUUUAAAACCCUGAAGGAAGCUGAAACACAGGCCUCUAAAAGCAAAGAUGAAGUCACGAUGGAGGAAGUGGGACAGAGCACUCAGCUCAGGGCAGGAGAAAUCAUCAUUAUUGUGGUGGUUCUGGUAAUGUGGGCAGGUGUGAUAGCACUCUUUUGCCGUCAGUAUGACAUCAUCAAAGACAACGAGCCAAACAAUAACAAGGAUAAAGCCAAAAGCUCAUCAGAAUGCAGUACCCCAGAGCACACAACAGGGGGACUGUUGCGGAGUAAGGUAUAA